AUGUGGGACUGGCUGGUUCACGUCUCGUCUAUUAAUUGGGCAGGUCGAGGUGGCGCUUCCAUCUAUGGCAAACAGUUUGAAGAUGAACUUCAUCCAGACUUGAAAUUCACUGGGGCUGGAAUUCUCGCAAUGGCCAAUGCAGGGCCAGACACCAAUGGAAGCCAGUUCUUUGUGACCCUUGCCCCUACCCAGUGGCUCGAUGGCAAACACACCAUUUUUGGCCGGGUGUGCCAGGGUAUAGGAAUGGUGAAUCGCGUGGGAAUGGUGGAAACAAACUCCCAGGACCGCCCGGUAGACGAUGUGAAGAUCAUUAAGGCAUACCCUUCUGGGUAGACUUGCUGCCCUCUUGGAUACACCCAGGUCUUCUGAGAUGGUCCCAAUGAACCAGCUUCCAGGUGACCUAGAACUUCAUUCUAGGUCAACAUAACUCUAAACUUCAUUUUGGCCUUGUAAAUCAUGGAGCUAAUAAGGAAGCCUGGGGUCUUGGGUGAAUUAGAGAUGGAAGUAUAUUUGAAUAGUAUGCUUCUUUGCUCCUCCCCCAGUGCCUAGGUUGACAGCAUUUGCAGAAAUGCUUAUGCAUGUUUAUUCACAGGCUACUGUUCACUGCACAUGACCCAUACUGCUCCUUCUUGUGUGUGUCAGCUCUGAUACACUUAGAACAAAAUGAAGACUGUCAUUUCACAGUGCCUAACCAAACUUCUUCCUGGGGAGAUUUAUAUUUUGGCCUAUUCUGCAGUCCAGGUUGGGUGACAGCAACAGAAUUCAAAACCAAGUGGUGUCUAUCAGCCUUCUUAACUCUAUACACACUCUAUUUCAGUCUCCUACAUUUGUUCUUCCAGGGAAUGUAUGCAUCUCUCUCUAAUUUUCCUUCUCAAAACCAGAGAACAUCAACACCGCUGUUUCUGACACUUAGACAUCCCACGCAAAGCCACAUUGAAUUUUUGCCAAAUGAAAAAUGCAUCCAACAAUCAAGUUUCUAAGAAGGUGUCAAGUGGGGAAUGAUAAUGUGUAAUGAUUGAGAAAUGAAUUUAUUAAAAGGAAGCAGAAGCAUUGACCAUUUUUUUUCCCAGGAGGGAGUAGAAAUCUGUAGUGAGCACAAGGACAUACCGAAUUCUGCUUUAAAAGCUGUAUUCUCGUAAAGGAGAAGCACCACUUAAGUUUUUUUAACCUAAGACUUUAGAGAAAUUAGUGAGAUUUUUAUAAAGUUUUUUUUUAAUCUUUCUAAAUUUUGGGAAGAGGGGGAGGGGUUAGAGGAAGGAAGUUGAUACCUGUGUAAUACAUAGAAACUUACAAAAUAAAAUGCCAUUGAUGGUUGAAAUCA